AUGGCGCCUCGCAAGAUCAUCCCCAUCGAUGCAAACUGGCAGUUUGGCCGAACAGACGUCGAGAAGCCAGACUUCCGGCCAGUCUCUCAGUUUCCUACCAACGUCCAUCUCGAUCUCCUGCAUCACAAGCUCAUUCCCGAUCCCUUUAUCGGCAAGAAUGAAUUGGAUGUGCAAUGGGUCGGAGAAGUGAGGGCAUGGCAGUAUCGCACCUCGUUCAAGUCUCCCACAAUUGGCAGCCAAGAAAAGGCCGUCCUCGCAUUUGACGGCUUGGACACCUUUGCCGAAGUGCUGCUCAACGACAAAAAGAUCCUCGAAACGGACAACAUGUUCAUCCCCGAGCGGGUGGACGUCACUGCACUUCUCAACGAGACGGACAAGGACAACCAGCUCGUCAUCACCUUUGACAGUGCGUAUCUGCGAGGGUGGGAGCGAGUUGAGCAGAUCCCUGAGCACAAAUGGGGCACCUGGAAUGGAGACCACUCCAGGCUGGCGGUUCGAAAAGCGCAGUAUCACUGGGGCUGGGACUGGGGCCCCACGCUGUUGACUUGCGGGCCCUGGAAGCCCAUCAACCUCGAGAUCUACGAAUCACGCCUAUCCGAUUUGUACGCAAACGUCACCUUGGACGAGUCUCUGAACAAUGCCAAGAUUGAGCUUCACGCAGAGACGGAUGGCAAGGCGUCCAAGGUGCGGUUUGAGCUCUCACUCGGCAAGACAAUCCUGAGUGAUACUGUGGAUGUAUCAAAGGGGGCUGCAGUAGCUACCCUCUCAAUAAGCAAGCCAGAGUUGUGGUAUCCAGCCAGAUACGGGAAGCAACCGUUGUACACUGCCAAAGCCACACUGCUGGAUGGUGAUGAAGAGGUCGAUACUUUAUCAAAGAGGAUAGGCAUCCGAAAGGUAGAGCUUGUGCAAAAGCCCCUCGAGGACCAACCUGGAACAUCCUUCUUCUUCAAGGUGAACAAUAUUCCCAUCUUCUGCGGAGGCAGCUGCUGGAUUCCCGCCGACAACUUUACUCCCCGAAUCACCAAUGAAAAGUAUCAAAACUGGAUCAGACUCAUGGUGGAAGGUAACCAGUCCAUGAUUCGCAUCUGGGGAGGUGGUAUCUACGAGGAUGAGAGAUUACUGGAUGCAUGCGAUGAACAAGGCAUCCUGGUCUGGGUUGACUUUCUCUUCGCCUGCGGCAACUACCCCUGCAACCCGGAGAUGCUGCAAUCGGUUGAAAGAGAAGCCCGAGCCAAUAUCAAGAUUAUGCGCCAUCACCCCAGCAUUGUCAUUUACGCUGGGAAUAACGAGGAUUACCAGUUCCAGGAGAGCGAGGGGCUCACAUACGAUGUGCAAGACAAAGACCCUCAAAGCUGGCUAAAGUCAGACUUUCCCGCCCGCUACAUCUACGAGCACCUUCUCGUGCAGGUGUGUCAAGAGCUGGUGCCAGAGACGUUCUAUCACUAUGGAAGCCCUUGGGGCGGCAAGACAUCGUCGGAUCCGACCGUUGGAGACAUCCACCAGUGGAACGUAUGGCACGGCUCUCAAGCAAGGUAUCAGGACUUUGACAAGCUGAUUGGAAGAUUUGUCUCCGAGUUUGGCCUGGAGGCUUUCCCGUCAGCUCGAACCAUUGAUGCUGCGCUGCCCAAAGGGAAGGACGACCCGGACCGACACCCGCAGUCGGACAUUGUGGACUUUCACAACAAGGCAGACGGACAUGAGCGUCGAAUUGCUCUGUAUCUCGCUGAGAACAUUCCGUAUGUGACGAGCCCUCUGGAGCAGUACAUCUACUCUACGCAGUUGCUUCAGGCAGAGUGCCUGUCGUCUGCCUUCCGGCUCUGGCGCCGUCAAUGGAAAGGCCCUGGGCGAGAGUACUGCAGCGGCGCUCUCCUUUGGCAGCUGAAUGACUGCUGGCCUGUGACAUCGUGGGCCAUCUGCGACUACUAUCUGCGGCCGAAGCUCGCCUACUACACCGUCAAGAGAGAAUUGCUUCCGGUGACGGUCGGAAUCAAGCGGACGGAGCACCGCCAUCCCAAGAGCAAGUACACGAGAGUCGAUGUUGAAGUCAGCACCAAGCUUGAGAUCUGGGCUUCCAACUUUACAUUAAACGAGGUUAAAGUUGACUGCGUCGUCAAGGCUUGGGAUGUGGAAACGGCCGAGGAGGUCUACAGCGAGACCAUUGCAUCGUCACAACAGCUGCCUGACAAUCGAACCACAGAGUUGAAGACUAUGGAAGUUCCGGUAAAGACGUCUAAUGCCGGGCUUGAGGGCCGCACAGUAGUUGCGGCAUACUUGUAUCAGGAUGGCAAGCUACUUGCUCGAUAUGUCGACUGGCCGCAGCCGCUGAAGCACGUUCACUUGCAGCAGCCUCAGAGCCUGAAGGUGAGGAUCUCUGAGGAUGGCAGUUCAGUCACUCUCAGUUCGGACGCGCCAGUCAAGGGCGUUGCCCUCGAGGUGGAUGAUGAAGACGUCAAGUUUGACGACAACCUAGUUGACCUCGUUCCGGGGGAAGAGGUGGUGAUUGGCGUGACGGGCGCCUCGAAGAGCACGGUGUUUACCACGAGAUAUCUGGGAAUGAGCAGCUAA